AUGUCGAGCGUUUCCCGGCACUCAACGGCAGAGGCAAGCCUGAGUGCUGUUGGGACAUCUUCUAUCAGGCCACAACCGAGUCAAGCUGAACGGACAGCAGAUGCCCGCAAAGCCUUCCUCAGUUCUUUCGAUGUCGCUGCUAAGGAAGUCGAUACAGAUCUACAGUCACGGGCAAAAUCUAUUCACUCCAAUGCUCAAUCCUUGACGAAGCAGGAAAAGCAGCUACAGGACGAGACCAAGAAGUUGGCCAAGGAAAACCAGGAAAUGGAGAAGUGGCUCCAGAAGAGCCAGAAGAAGCUCGCAGAAUUCAAUGAUCUGAUGGACUUUGAUCUCGAAGGUGAUGGCCUCGAAGAUAGUCUCGAAGAUCUUGAGGCUAUGUUGGAUAUCAUGGAAGCAAAAGCUAAACCAGGACCAAUGGUUCUAUGA